AUGAUUGUUUACAAUAUAUUAGCAUAUGGUUUAAUUGCAAAUGUCAUGGGAGAGGGAUGUAAUUUCUUCCGUUACAAAAUUGCGCCAUGUUCACCACCAAAAUUAGCAAUUCCAUACAUUGCUUAUAAUCCGGAAUUGAUCAAUUUGAAUGCGUUGAAAUACCCACAUGGGACAAUUGCAAUGCUUAUAUGUCCACCUAAUCACUACUUAGAAGUGGAAGGUAGCCGUUGGCGAGUUUGCAUGAAUGGAACUUGGAGUGGGUCAUUUGGGCGAUGCAAACAAUUAGGAACUUGA